AUGUCUUCCAGUCAAUUACAACGCGCAAACGAGGAGCGCAGACGUGUGUAUCAUGAAGCAGAUGUAGUGGUGGUUGGCGCCGGUGUCUUUGGAUGUGCCGUUGCAUUUGCCCUUGCAAAACAGGGACGGAGUGUCCUGCUUCUGGAGAGAUGGUUACAGGAACCAAAUCGUAUAGUUGGAGAGUUGCUGCAACCUGGAGGUGUCUCUGCUCUGGAGAAGCUGGGUUUGGCGCAUUGCACAGAGGAUAUUGAUGCAAUUCCCGUACAUGGGUAUGAGGUCAUAUACUAUGGGCAAGGAGUUAACAUUCCCUAUCCACCCAAUGCUGGGGCAGCACCAACCAAGGGAAGCCAGGAGUACACAAACGAGAAGGGUGGCAGACCAGAAGGAAGAGCUUUCCACCACGGACGCUUCAUUUCGCAACUACGGAGAGCUUGCGCCAGUCAAGCAAAUAUUACAAUCGUGGAGACGGAAGUCACAGAUACUAUUACCAGCGAACACAAACCACAAGUACUUGGUGUCAAAUCCAGAACACUGAACCCAGAGACAGGAAAGAAGGAGGAAGAUUACUAUUUUGGACAACUCACAAUCAUUGCCGAUGGAUAUGCCUCUAGGUUCCGCAAACAAUAUAUCACGAAGCAACCUAUUGUGAAGAGCAAGUUCUACGCGUUGGAACUGAUUGACUGCCCGCUGCCUGCUCCUUUCCAUGGAACUGUCAUUCUCGGCGAUGCAUCACCAGUUCUGCUCUACCAAAUCGGCACACACGAAACUCGAGCUUUGAUAGAUAUUCCAGAGAAUCUUCCAGCUGCGUCGGUGGACAAUGGAGGUGUACGUGGUUACCUAAGGAAUAUUGUCCUUCCAACACUCCCACCGCAAAUGCAACCAUCUUUCGAAGCUGCUCUUGCAGAUGGAAAGAUCCCCAAGAGCAUGCCUAACAGCUUUCUACCUCCCAGUACGCAAAUGGAGAGAGGUGUAGUCGUUCUGGGUGAUGCCAUGAAUAUGCGUCAUCCUCUUACCGGGGGUGGAAUGACCGUGGCGUUCAACGAUGUCGUCUUACUCUCCGAUCUUCUUUCGCCCGAACGUAUUCCAGAUCUUGGCAACACUGGAGCCAUUCAGAAAGCAAUGAAGGAUUUCCACUGGCAACGCAAAGGCUUGUCGUCAAUCAUCAACAUCCUCUCUAUGGCUCUAUACAGCUUAUUCGCCGCCAACGAUCGUCAGCUGAGUGCGCUGAAGAAGGGCUGCUUCGCCUAUUUCCAGCGAGGCGGCAAUUGCAUCGAUGGUCCAUCCAGCCUUCUCGCUGGUAUCAUUCGCCAACCUCUUGUCCUCGUCUACCACUUCUUUGCUGUCGCUGUCCUCUCCAUCUGGCUCGUUAUCCAAGACACCAUUGGCGGAUUUCUCGGCUUGUGGAAACUACCCUUGGCGAUUGAAGAGAGCAUUCGUGUUUUCUACAAGGCUUGUGUGGUUAUCUUCCCCUUCAUCUUUAGCGAGGUGAGGACCUAG